CUUGCUGCCGGCUCUAGGGAGGAUUAUCUAUUUUAGCAACUCGGGAAGGGAGGAGGCCAGGAGCGCCCAGCCUCCACCAGUCAGGCUGCUGGGGCGCAGCGCAGAGGCGCCAGCUCCCGGCUCCGAGGCUGCGGAGCUGCUGCAGGAAGGCUGCAGGGCUCCGGGUCUGGGACCUGCUGGCGGGCAGGAGUGAUGUUGGCGGUGUCACUCAAGUGGCGGCUGGGCGUGGUGAGGCGGAGGCCCAAAGACGAUGGGCCUUACUCAAAAGGAGGGAAGGACACAGCAGGGGCUGAUGGGGCCCUGGUGUGCCGCCGCCAGAGCAUUCCAGAGGAGUUCCGGGGCAUCACCAUGGUAGAGCUGAUCAAGCGUGAGGGCAGCACUCUGGGCCUGACCAUCUCCGGAGGGACUGACAAGGACGGGAAGCCCAGAGUUUCCAACCUGAGACCUGGAGGCCUGGCAGCCAGGAGUGAUCUACUGAAUGUGGGCGACUACAUCCGCUCAGUGAAUGGGAUCCAUCUGACCCGCCUCCGACAUGACGAGAUCAUCACACUGCUGAAGAAUGUUGGCGAGCGCGUGGUGCUGGAGGUGGAGUAUGAGCUGCCCCCGCCCGCUCCUGAAAACAACCCGAGGAUCAUUUCCAAGACAGUGGAUGUCUCCCUCUACAAGGAAGGCAAUAGCUUCGGCUUUGUCCUCAGAGGAGGUGCCCAUGAGGACCUGCACAAAUCCCGCCCGUUGGUCCUGACUUACGUUAGACCUGGUGGCCCAGCAGACAGGGAGGGUUCCUUAAAGGUGGGCGACAGGCUGCUCAGCAUCGAUGGGAUCCCACUGCAUGGGGCCAGCCAUGCUACUGCAAUAGCCACCCUGCAACAGUGUAGCCAUGAGGCCCUUUUCCAAGUGGAGUACGACGUGGCCACCCCAGACACGGUGGCCAAUGCUUCGGGCCCUUUGGUGGUAGAAAUAGCCAAGACCCCAGGAUCUGCCCUGGGGAUCUCUCUCACCACUGGCUCCCACCGGAACAAGCCAGCUAUCACUAUCGACCGUAUCAAGCCAGCGAGCGUGGUGGACAGGAGUGGUGCCCUGCAUGCUGGAGACCACAUCCUCGCCAUCGAUGGCACCAGCACAGAACACUGCUCACUGGUCGAGGCCACUAAGCUCCUGGCCAGUGUGACUGAGAAAGUUCGACUGGAGAUCUUGCCUGCACCCCAGAGUCGUUGGCCCCUGAAGCCCCCAGAGGCAGUGAGAAUCCAGAGGAGCGAGCAGCUGCACCGCUGGGACCCCUGUGGUCCUUCUUGCCAUAGCCCAAGGCCGAGCCACUGCAGGGCACCUACGUGGGCAGCUGGAGGCCAAGACCAGAGCCGAUCUGUGUCCUCGACUCCCUUCUCCUCACCAACUAUGAACCCCACCUUUCCCUGUGCCAACGCCAGCACCCUGCCCAGAGGACCCAUGAGCCCCAGGACAACAGCGGGGAGGAGAAGGCAGCGAAGGAAAGAACACAGGAGCUCUUUGUCUCUGGCCUCCAGCACAGUAGGGCCCGGCGGGCAGAUUGUUCAUACGGAGACCACGGAAGUUGUGCUCUGUGGAGACCCCCUCAGUGGCUUUGGCCUACAGCUGCAGGGAGGCAUCUUUGCCACCGAGACCCUGUCCUCCCCACCCUUGGUGCGAUUUAUUGAACCUGACAGCCCCGCUGAGAGGUGUGGUCUGCUGCAGGUGGGGGACCGAGUCCUAGCCAUCAAUGGCAUUGCCACUGAGGAUGGGACCAUGGAGGAAGCCAACCAGCUGUUGCGGGAUGCUGCGCUGGCCCGCAAAGUUGUUUUGGAGAUCGAGUUUGAUGUGGCAGAGUCUGUCAUCCCAAGCAGUGGGACCUUCCACGUGAAGUUACCCAAAAGGCGUGGUGUGGAGCUGGGCAUCACCAUUAGCUCGGCCAGCAGAAAGCGAGGGGAACCCCUGAUCAUCUCGGACAUCAAGAAAGGCAGUGUGGCGCACAGGACUGGCACCCUCGAGCCAGGCGACAAGCUGCUGGCCAUUGACAAUAUUCGCCUGGACCACUGUCCCAUGGAGGAUGCUGUGCAGAUCCUGCGCCAGUGUGAGGACCUGGUGAAGCUGAAGAUCCGGAAAGAUGAGGACAACUCAGAUGAGCAGGAAAGCUCUGGCGCAGUCAGCUACACAGUGGAACUGAAGCGCUAUGGCGGACCGUUGGGCAUCACCAUCUCUGGUACAGAGGAACCUUUCGACCCCAUCAUUAUCUCUGGCCUCACCAAGCGGGGUCUGGCUGAAAGGACUGGUGCCAUCCAUGUUGGGGACCGCAUACUGGCCAUCAACAGCGUGAGCCUCAAGGGCCGGCCCCUGAGUGAGGCCAUCCACCUUCUGCAGGUGGCAGGGGAGACUGUCACACUGAAGAUCAAGAAGCAGCUGGACCGUCCCCUUCUCCCCCGCCAGUCAGGCAGCCUCAGUGAGGCCAGUGAUGUGGAUGAGGACCCCCCUGAGGCCCUCAAGGGAGGCUUGCUGACAACCCGCUUCUCACCUGGUGUACCCAGCGUGGACAGUGCUGUGGAGUCCUGGGGCAGCUCUGCCACAGAGAGUGGCUUUGGGGGCCCAGGCUCCUACACUCCGCAGGUGGCAGUCCGGAGCGGGACUCCCCAGGAGUGGCGUCCCAGCAGACUGAAGAAUAGCCCCCCACCCCUUGAGCCCCGGAGGACAAGCUACACACCGGGUCCCUCUGACGAAAGCUUCCCAGAGGAGGAAGAUGGGGACUGGGAGCCACCGAUGAGCCCAGCCCCUGGCCCCGCCCGAGAGGAGGGCUUCUGGAGAGUGCUUGGAGAGGCCCUUGAAGACCUGGAGUCCUGUGGUCAGUCUGAACUGCUAAGGGAGCUGGAGGCUUCCAUCAUGACAGGCACUGUACAGUCCGUGGCUGUGGAUGGCAGGCCUGGCUCUCGACCAUGGCGCCGGAGCCGGGAGGUCCGAACUUCCUCUGAAGACCUGCAGGAGCUGCUGCUACCAACGCCCCUGGAGAUGCACAGGGUGACCCUGCACAAAGACCCCGUGAGGAACGACUUUGGUUUUAGCGUCUCAGAUGGCCUCCUGGAGAAGGGUGUCUAUGUCCACACUGUGCGCAUUGACGGGCCAGCUCAGCUUGGAGGCCUGCAGCCCUUUGACCGUCUCCUGCAGGUCAACCAUGUUCGCACUCGGGACUUCGACUGCUGUCUGGCGGUACCACUCCUGGCAGAGGCUGGGGACAUCCUGGAACUGGUCGUCAGCCGUAACCCACUGGCACAGAGCCGCAGGACACCAGGAGCACCAGGCCCCAGUAGUCCCCAGAUGCUCUGAAGUCACUAUGUAGCUCAGCUGGAGGAGUGGCCUCCAGUCAUCCAGUUAUGGUGUGCAGAUUCCACACCUGGUAGAGUGGCAUCUUCAAGUUGGAUCUCGGAGAGCCUCAUGGGAAAGGCGUCAUCCCUGCUGCUCAGCCAGGAGAGCUCAGCUCCCAUCUCAGAGUGGCAGGAGGAAUGGGGACAGCCCAGCUCAGUGCGGCAACUAGACUGAGCUGCCAGUGCUUCCCAUCCUGGGAGGCUAAUAAGUAGGAGGUGGACAAUCCUGGUCUAUGGCAGGAGGCAUUCAGUGACCCAGCUGUACAGAUGGUACCCAGUGCACAGGGACCCUGCCACCAGGAAAGAUAUGGCACAAGAACAGUGUCCGCCCUUCUCCCAAAUGGUGGUGUUUUGAGAGCCUCCAGCAUCCCCAACCAUACUGAAGAACCCCAAUUAGGAACAUCUGGGGUGCUAGAGAAUGCUUGCCCUUUCCUUCAGGUUGGUCGUUCAAUCAUUUCCUUUUCUGGGUGAUUCCGAACCCCAGAGCAGAGCUGUGGCCAUCAACCCUCCUGAGCCACAAAACCUUAGUCCAAGUCCCCGUCCAGAGAAAGGGCACUGCUCAGGUCAAAAGGUCCAGGAGCAUCCACUCACCUGCCAUUCCAACAGAUAACCAUGGAAAUAAGGCUGAGCCACAGCUAUGCCCCUGAUCCCAUCCAUGGAAGAGAGGAAGAAGAAAGAAGCUGAGAUGGAGGGAGGUCGGCUGAAGGACAAGAGAGUAGCAAGAGGGAGCAGUGUCCAAAGAGGCUACACAAGGAGGUCCCCAGCAUCCCUUAACUCUGGGUUCCUCCAUCUCUGCCAAGCAGAACCCUUCCAGCUUCAAGCAAGACUCAAGACACUUCCCAGUGGUCUGGGCUGGCUUGGAGACUGGCUUCCUGUUUGUCCAGCUCAAGGUCUCAAGGACCCAGGGGGCCUCCAACCCCACCUCAUCACCCCUCUCUGCUCUUGAAGCUCAUUGCUGGAAAGAACUCCCUGUUAAGAGGACAGCUGGGGCCCUAAGAAGCCAUUCUUUUCCCCAGUUCCCUUGGCUGAGUAACCUUGAGUAAAUCUGACAGACACAGAGCGAACUCCAGCCGCCCACUCAGACCUGUCAGCUCUCUGCUUUUCCUCAGCUUCCCCCCAUACCCUGCCCUUCAUGCUGGCCUCCCCAGGGACCCUAAUGCCUGGGUCCAGGUAACCCAGUGUCUCUACUUUCACUGCCCCAGGGUAAAAAGAUACUACCCACCCAUCAUGGGCACCAAACGAACUAAGACCUUCGGCUUCGAGGGCAGGUAAAUGGCACAGCAGAGAGGUGACUCCUGGCCACCAGCACACCUGAUGCUGGGUGACCUUGGGCAGAUGGCUCAGCCUCUCUGGAUUUCUGGUGUGUGGCAUGACUGACUGUACCCUGAAAGCCUCUUAGCUUGGAAAAUCUGUGUUCCACUUAAAGACUCCAGGCUCCGAAAAUGCAACCACUCGACCACUACCCUCUCCCCGGGCUGAGGCUCUCCCAUCCUCCCAGAUGUAUGCAACUAGGCCAAGCGGGUGGACCUUCUGGCCGUGGCCUGAGGCCUUCUCAUAUGCAAUAUCCCCCCUGGCUUCUCACAGGGGUGUUUGCCCCACAUAACAUCCCUAGCCCCCUCCCCAGUGAGCAUCCUGCCUGCCUAUGCAUUUUGGGUACCUCCCCUGUGACACCCAUCCCCAGAGCUGUAUUUUUCUCUGGCUAAGAUUAGAACAUAUUCCUUGUAAAGUAUUUUUCUAUGCGGGUUUUCUUAGGGCUCCCAGGAAGCACCCAGCACACCCAUGGCUCCACUGCACAGGCUGUUCCUGGUCUGUCUGGGGCCCACGUAAAAAUCUUUGUCCCACCAGGCAUCGCAGUGACUGGGGGGCGGGGGGAAGUUGAGUGCUGUUGGGGUGAUUUUGUAAUAAAAUUGGUUAAAUG